AUUCAUUCAAUUCGGAUUCACUUCUGUCGCUAACUACUGUCUCUCGCUAUUCAUUGUCAUAUUUCUUCAACAUGCAUUUCCUUCACCUUUCAAUCCUUUUUGGGCUGGCGGCUUCUGCAGUGACGCGUCAAGAGCAUCGCUGCAUUGAGCCGGCCACUCGAGUUGAAUGGCGCGACCUCGAGCCUGAACUUCAGCAAAGCUAUAUCGACGCUGUUCUAUGCUUGAAGACGAAGCCUUCGAGACUUGGCUUCAAUACGUCAUUGUAUGACGACUUCCCUUACGUGCAUCAGAAGUACAACAAGAUCAUCCACGGUAUUGCCGGGUUCCUUCCAUGGCACAGGUACUUCGGACAGGUCUAUGAGGAUGCGCUCCGUGAAUGCGGAUACAAGGGCGUUGCAACGUACUGGGACUGGACUCUGGAUGUCAUGAAAUUCGCGGAAUCUCCCGUCAUGUCGCCCACUUUGGGAUUUGGUUAUGAUGGUAGCGACUCGCGAACGGAAACAUUGUCCACCGGCCAGAAAAUUCGAUGCGUUGACUCCGGUCCCUUUUCCGAGCUCAGACCAUCUUACAUUGCUAUCAACCCUACAACAACGAUUCAAGAGGAGCACUGCUUAUUCCGCUCAUUGAGUGACGGCAAUACUGCCAAUUCUAGAAUCUCGGCCGAAAAUUAUAACGCCACAUCAAUUGAAAUCGUGCAGAGCGAGAAGACCUUUGAAACAUACCGUCCGAUGUUGGAGGGCGGUCCUCAUGGCAUCAUUCACUCUUCACUGGGUGGAGAAAUGAACCCAACUACGUCCCCGAAUGAACCGCUGUUCUUCUUGCAUCAUGCUCAGAUUGACCGUCUAUGGUGGAAGUGGCAGCAGGAGAGCCCUUCCACACGAGAGUUUGAAUAUUCUGGCCUGGCAGCGCAAAUCAACUCGACAGAGCUAAUUCCUGCGCACUUGGAUGAUAUGCUGCUCAUGGGUGGACUGGCAGAGGAUCUUCGUGUUCAGGAUGUCAUGACUACUAAUGGCCGUCUUUGUUAUGUGUAUUGAGUCAUUAAGGCCGUCUAAUUUGUUAGCUUCAACGGUAAGGUAGCUUUAGCUCCUCAUUAGUGUUAUUCUUUUCUCUUGCCGC